AUGGAAGACAAGUUGCCAAAUUCACUAACAAAAUCGACCAACAAGUAUAGUGGAUGGGGAUGGUCUCUUGUAGUUCUUGUUAUGAUGGCUCUUGUUGCAACUGGGGCUGCAUUUACUUUGUGGCAUUGGUACCAAAAAUGGAAGUCUCAACAUCACCAUCACACUCAUAUUCAUCGGCCACCAACCGCCGUCGAUGAUGAAUAUGCUAAUGCCCUAGGAAUUGCCAUGCAGUUCUUUGAUGUUCAAAAAUCUGGAAAAUUGGUAGACAACAGAGUUACAUGGAGGGGAGAUUCAGGUGUAGAUGAUGGAAAAGAAGCUAAUCUGGAUUUGUCAAAAGGGUUAUAUGAUGCUGGGGAUAACAUGAAAUUUGGAUUUCCAAUGGCAUUUACUGCAACAAUGUUGUCAUGGGUCAUUUUGGAGUAUGGACACCAUAUGCAAGAGGUUAAUCAGCUUGAAUAUGCUCAGGAUUCCCUCAAAUGGAUCACUGAUUUUCUCAUUAAUGCACAUCCUUCAGACAAUGUAUUGUACAUUCAGGUAGGUGACCCUGAGGUGGAUCAUGGUUGCUGGGAAAGACCAGAAAUCAUGACAGAAGCCCGGCCGAUAACUCAAGUGAAUGUAACAUAUCCUGGAACUGAGGUUGCUGCAGAAACUGCAGCUGCGCUAGCUUCCGCGUCUUUAGUAUUUAAGUCCAUAAAUGAAGUAUACUCUGAGUUGCUGCUUAAACACGCGAAACAGCUGUUCAAUUUUGCUGAUACUUAUCGAGGUUCUUACAGCGCGAGCAUCCCUGGAGUGCAGAAAUAUUAUAACUCAUCUGGAUAUGGUGAUGAACUCCUGUGGGCUUCAGCUUGGCUUUACCAUGCAACUGGAGAUCAGUCAUACCUCACAUAUGCUACCGUUUCUAACGGGAAUUCUUUCGCUGGCUGGGGAUAUCCAACUUGGUUUUCCUGGAAUGACAAGUUGCCUGGAGUUCAUGUUCUACUAUCAAGGGUGAGUUUCUUUGGUUCAUCAAAUAUCCCUGAUGCAGAAAAUCUUGGCCUUCAGAAAUAUAGGAAAACCGCAGAGGCCUUAAUGUGUGAGUUUCUUCCAGAUUCCUUGACAGCAACAUCCAAAAGGACAAAUGGCGGACUUCUUUGGGUGAGUCAGUGGAACCCUUUGCAAUACUCUCUGGCAUCAGCAUUCCUCUCAGUUCUAUACAGCGAUUACAUGUUCUGGUCUGACACUUCAACCCUUUACUGCGACGGCAACAACUACGAGCCAAUGGACCUGCGAAAUUUCGCAAUGUUCCAGGCCAAUUAUGUGUUAGGAUCUAAUCCAAUGAAGAUAAGCUACCUUGUUGGAUAUGGAAAUGAUUACCCACAGUACAUACACCACAGAGGAUCAUCAAUACCUGUAAAUUCUAAUACAGGUUGUAAGGAUGGUUUCAGGUGGCUUGAUUCAACAGCUCCGAAUCCAAACAAAGCAGUUGGAGCACUUGUAGGAGGGCCAUUUCGCGACGAUACUUUUAUCGAUUCUCGGAACAACUCAAUGCAGAAUGAAGCAACCACAUACAACGCCGCCUUCAUGGUUGGCCUCCUCUCCGGUCUAUUAACUUUCUCUCCCAGUCAACAGUCUUUCACAUAGAAGAAUAACCAUGCUCAAGUCUUUGUCCUGAUAAACACCCUUAUAACAUGUAAAAAAUGAU